UAUCUCGAAUGGCAGCUAUGGCUUGGAAAAAUGAAUCAAGAAAAGUUAAAAGAAAGUAUGAAGAUAUUGCAAGAGAAGUUGAAAAGAUUCAUGUCAAAUUAUUAUUAUCCAGUUCAACUUAUUAUCAAAUUCCUUCUUCUAUUUCAGCGAAUAAUGCUUCUACUAUUACCGUUGCUUCGAUUUCAUAUCCUAAUCAUAAUAAUCAUCAUCAUCGUAAUGUUACUCGACAUUCUCCUUAUUUAAUUUCACCUACUAUUCGUUCUCAACAUUCUCCACAUUCACCUUCAUCAACUUCUUUAUCACCAUCUUCUCAUCAUCAUACUCAUACUACCACCGUUCCUUCAAAUCAUCAUCAACAACCACAACAACAUAAUAAUCAUAAUCAUUAUACUACAAUAUUACAACAACAACAUCAUCAACCGUCAAUACCUUCAAUGCAAGAUUUUACUCAUUCCCCUAUUUACUUUUUAGAGGAUCAAAAUAAUGCUAAUCAUCAUCAUUCUCAACAAUCACACCAUCAACAACAACAACAUCAACAUUCUCAACAUCAUUCUCAACAACAACAAAAUCCUCAUUUUCUAUCAUAUGAUUAUAAUCCAAAUAUAUUUUCACAAUUGAAUCAAGAUAUUCAUCAACAUCAUGAUCUUCAUAGUUUACCAUUAUUAUCAACUUCUGAUACUGAUGAAUCAAGUUUAUUUAGUAAUGAAUCAAUUGGAAAUUCUUUAAAUAGUUCCCCA